AGAGGCCAUACCAGCGUGGCACAUCCUCCACUUCCCGUUCUCUUUUAGAGUCCUCGUGUUAAUACAGUCAGUUCAGUUCUGUAGUGGGAGAGGACCAGGACACCCCUCCCUCCUGCUGGAAUAUCACCUCAAACCAUAACAAGAUGGCUUCCAUGUCAGUGGACCCGGUGACGGAGCCACGGAUGUACCAGCAAACUCUCCUACAAGAUGGACUCUGUGAUCUCCUGGACGCCAACAAGUUUGUGGACUGCAUUUUGAAGAUCAAGGACAAAGAGUUUCCUUGCCAUCGGCUAGUGCUGGCCGCUACCAGCCCGUACUUUAAAGCCAUGUUCCUGUCAGACCUGGAGGAGAGCAAAAAGCGGGAGAUUGUUCUAAAGGACAUCGAACCUGGGAUCAUGGGAAUGAUCCUGAGGUACAUUUACACCUCGGAUAUCAACCUAACUGAGCAGAACGUCCAGGAUAUUUUCAUGGCGGCCAACAUGUAUCAGAUCCCAUCAAUCUUCAGCGUGUGUGUGUCGUAUCUCCAGCAAAAGCUGGUUCUCAGUAACUGUCUGGCUAUCUUCAGACUGGGACUCUUGCUGGACUGUCCACGUUUGGCCAUGGAGGCAAGGGACUUUAUCUGUGACCGAUAUCUCCUCAUCAUCCGGGACCAGGACUUCCAUCAGUUGGGUCCCAGUGAGUUGGCAGCGAUCAUCACAUGUGACUCCCUGAACGUGGAGCGAGAAGAGUCUGUGUUUGAAUCUCUCAUGGACUGGGUGGAGUACGACACAGAUGAGAGAACCAAAGACCUGCCCGAACUUCUACACUGCGUACGUUUCCGUCUCAUGCCGACAAGUUACUUUAAAGAGAAAGUUGAGGGGCACCGAUUGAUUAGGACCAAUCAGGAGCUCAAGAAGGAACUCCAGUUGAUCAAGGAUGCACAGAAAGGACUACUUCACAGGGUCAAAAGGUCAUCACACAGGAAGGAAGGAGCGACAGCGGAUUCUGAUGACGAGGAUGAGGAGGGUUUGUUGCCAGGGAUUCUAAAUGACAACCCACGUUUUGGGAUGUUCCAAUCGGACCUUAUAUUGAUGAUUAACGAUGCAGGAACUGUUGCGUAUAAUGUUGGUGCAAACGAGUGCUACAUGGCAUCUUCAUCCACAGAAAUCCCUAAGAACCACUGCAGUCUCGUGACAAAGGAAAAUCAGAUCUUUGUCGUCGGCGGUCUGAGAUACAACGAGGAGAACAAAGAUCAGCCCUUCAGUUCAUACUUUCUUCAGUUUGAUCCCAUGAGCUCUGAAUGGCUAGGGAUGCCGUCACUUCCAAACCCUCGCUGUCUGUUCGGCCUGGUGGAGGCUGAGAACUCCAUCUAUGUAGUGGGAGGAAAAGAGCUGAAGGAGGGAGAGCGUGCACUGGAUUCUGUUAUGAUCUACGACAGACAGUCAUUCAAAUGGGGAGAGUCGGACCCUCUUCCUUAUGCAGUUUAUGGACAUGGAAUUGUUUCCCACAAAGGAUUGGUUUACGUGAUUGGUGGAAAAACUGAGAGCAAGAAAUGUCUGAGGAGAGUGUGUGUCUACGACCCCUCAAAGUUUGAAUGGAAGGAUCUGGCACCUAUGAAAACUGCCCGCUCUCUGUUUGGCACUGCUGUUCACAAAAACAAAAUCUACGUGGUGACUGGAGUCACUGACAAUGGCCUGACUAGCACAGUGGAGGUCUAUGACAUCGCUAGCAACUCCUGGUCAGAGUUUGUGGACUUCCCUCAGGAGAGAAGCUCUCUUAACCUGGUUGAACUGGGUGGCUUUUUGUAUGCUAUCGGUGGUUUUGCUAUGAUGCCUAAUGAGACUACCGAAAAACUGGAGCCCACUGAAAUGAACGACAUAUGGAAGUUUGAUGAGGAGGAGAACUGCUGGAACGGGAUCCUGAGGGAGAUCCGCUAUGCUGCAGGGGCCACAGUGCUCGGGGUGCGUCUGAACACCUUGAGACUCACAAAGAUCUGAUACAGCUGUCAUCUAAACACAAAAAAACCCAAAGGGACAAUGCUCAUGACUACAAAAACACAGGCGCUCAAACACGUGCACUAGACAGAUUUUUCUUUGUCCACUGACCACUGUGAUUUUCUCUCUCUACUAGAGUUGCUCAUAUGUUGGCGCAUAUAAUGAUUACUUUCAUGGGAUUUCAUAACUUUAGGGGAACGCCUCCCUUGUGCCCAAAACAACAAUAUUUCCUGCUGACCACUAAUCAUAAGUUGAGUGAUUACUCUUUUUUUUUAUUAUUAAACCAAAACGCCAGAUAGCUGUUUUCCAACAUGAUACACACUGUUAAAAAAAAGCUGGGUUCCAAACAAUUCCUUCAUGUUGUCACAACACAAAUCAAUUGAUUAACUUACUUGUUUUUACAAAUUUAAGUGGAUUAAACAUAAAACAAUUAAGUUGUCCAAAAGAAAAUCUCAAUGGUUGUGUUGUUUAAGCUCGCUUUAAAUAUGCAUUUUAAACAAAUAGCAAAAUAAAAAAUAAUUUUUGAGAGUAAUAUCAGAUAACAAGACGUGGGUCUACAGAAUUCCUUCUGAGAAAGAUUUGUGCCAAACAGCAGCAUUAUUGACCCAUCCUGAUCUAAAGUACCUGUAACUAUCAGUAUUUUUGUAUGCCUUUUGUGCAGUAAAAGUAGGAAUUAAAAUGUCAAGUCAAUGUAUAAAUAGCUGAAGUGAAUGAAAACAUUUUCUCUACCAGCAAAUAUUAAAGGUGCAAUAGGUUGGUUGUCUUCAAAAACUAUUUUUGUUAUACUGGUUGAAAGCCUCUUCACAUCCUGAGAGCAUUAAAUUAAGUGGUCCAAAUGUAUUUCUAUGUCAUUUAAUAUUCUGUAGAUGGUGUAAGACCAAGAAAAGUAUGUCCAAUUAAAAUAUUUGGUCCGAAUAUUAUAAUAGGCUGUCCCACGUGCCUGUCAAAAUAUGUAAUAGCAUAACUUCACACAGCCUUUUUGUGCAGAAAUAAAUACAACAUCAUUUUUUUCAGAAAAUGGCAGGCAAACAUCAACAACUUGAACCUACUUUCUUUUUUUUUUUUAGUUUGGCACUGUAAAUACUGUCAUAAAGUGUUCUCUCUGGUGAAUGUUAUGUGAUGUAUUGUAGUGAUGUUGUCUAGUGCAUUACUUCAUGUGUUGAGGAAGUCUGGAUGCCGAUUUGCAGAGUGGGAUGUAAACUUUCAGUGCUAUCAGAUUAACGUUAGCAUUUCCAAGAUCUAUUGCACCAUUAAUCUUUUAACCCAAGUAAAAUAAACAAACACCAAAUAUAAAAGCAGACUCUCACCUUCUAUGUUGCCAUCAGCAGUGACCAAAUCACAGAGGGAUUCUUCGCAAGAUUGAUGUAAACAUUGCUAAUGAUUUUUAAUGACUGAAAAACAGUGGCAGGUACUGUAUAUGGAUCAAAAGUGGCCAAAAGUUUGUGUUCAUAUCUAUUUUUUGUUAUGGUUUGUUGACGUGAUUCAAAUAUUCAUAGCUUGAAACAGAAGGAAAUCUGACCAGCUUGUGCUGCGUUUCUUUGGGGAUCCCAGUGUGAGCUGCCAUUACAGCCCAUUGUUUUGCACACCAGGUUUCUUCACAGGUCACAUGACUGAAAACUAUCAAUCGUUUUUGCUGUCUUCAGUAGUUUGUUUUUUUGCUUUUUUUCUGUUUUUGUUUCUUUUCCGGCUGUAAAAUAACAACUUUUUUCAAUGUUGUAGCAAAUUUAAGCAAACAUUUUAAUGACUAUACCCAAGUUAUGCAUUAAACGGUAUGGAAGGUUGUGAGGGACAAAA